UCAGUUAUAGUGUCCGUGUUUUUUGAAAUAUAAUACCGUUAACAAGAACUACCAAGCUCUUCUCCAAAUACAAAUCGACAGGCCACCAAAAGAACACACACACAAAAAAACCUUUCCAAUUGGAUUGCUUCGGGAGCAGCUUUACUGCGGAAAAGCAACAAUCCACCUCGGGGUGGCAGCGCGAUCGAGAUGAAUUUGAAAAUAUUUUUAAAUAUUCAAUGGUUAUUUUUUAUUCUAUUUUAUGGAUGCAGCAGCGGAUGCUACAAGAGCGUGGAAGCAGUAGCAGCAAAAGUGGCCCACUCGCAACAGAUGCAGCAGCAGCAAAAGCAUUAUCGUCAGUGGUUAAGAUAUGAAAAUGAGCCGGCGAAAAGACAGAAACGGUCCAUAUACAGUGCAGAAUCGACGCAGUUAGUGUCGAGAGGAAAUAAUAGAAAGGAUUUCGAGGAACACAAAGAGACUCAUCCGAUGCAGGAAGAACAUGACCACUAUGAGAUAUCACCGAUAUUGACACUGAAUCGAAGUGAUUCUCUCACCACGGCUGGUGAUGAUAUGGAGGCAGCAAUUAGUAUAACUAGUAAAGAGGAAGCUAGAAAAGCGUUGUUACGAAAUGGGCCGAGAAUUUUAGGUAUUGGUCCUUCGGUGGGGCAGAAAGUCCAAGGGGAGGGGGCUUUCGUGGAUGCUAACAAAGAUCAAAACAACGACGAUGCCGAUGAUGCUAUGGAGAGGACUGAUUACAAGUAUAAAAUUGCAAAUCUGGCCCCGUCGAAACGAGGUGCUCCGGCGGAAAUCGAUGAUAUGGAAGUCGUCCGGGGUAGGAAAUCAAGUUUGUCAUCAGCGGGGACGGACAAGUGGCGUCAAGAAAAGGACAACAACACUAUGAGUGAGCAGAAGGAGCAAAAGAAGAAGCAAGAGAAGUCAAGUCCGUUAGUUGGAAGGUUGAAAAGAAAAUUACUGUCUAUUGUGGGGGAGUCGCUCGCUGCUACUGAUGACAGAGAUGGCGCUGGGGUUGAUUAUGAUGAUGAUAAGCGCGGAGGAAUGGGGAACGUUCCGACUAGUGGCCAUUCUUAUCGUAAUGAAGAUAGUGCUGACCCAGGGAAGGCUGGUGUUCGGGAAGGUGAUUACUAUUCGCAGAUCAACGACAGCGGAGGUUCGUAUGGGGAUGUUUCCGAGCCGGAUUCCAGUCUGGGGGAUGCGUCGAUUGAACAUGCGACGGCUCCGAGGGACACAAGAAAUUGGCACAAGGUUAACAAAGAGCGGAGAAACGUGAAGGAAAUGGAUCGACAUGUUGAUAACCUGAAUAAGGCCACUUUCCACGGGCGGAAAAGUGUCAACCCGGUGGGAGUAAUCGAUGUUGCAUCUCCGGAUAAUCUGAUCAACGAGAGAGGAACGACGGAAAGGGAAAUGGCCCAGCUUCAACGUACUAUUUACCAUCAACAUUAUGAUGACUUGGGUGAUUCAAAAUAUGUCGAAAGCGACACAUGCGAUUGUGCUUUGAAGUGUGCAAGAGAGCGGGAACAGGCAAUGAAAACCAUGGAGCCGCCGGAUGCUGAUGAGGAGUUUACAACAGCGGUAGUGGAGGAAGAAAACUUUGCGACGGAAGAGCCUAUUGAUAAUCUAGAAGCAACUGCGAAGGCAGUUCCAGAAGCAGAACAGCAAAAAGAGGUUUAUAUAGAUUUGAAAAUUGCAAUUAAAAACACUGGAAAUGGAAGCUCGUCCGAGCUCGAACCGGUAGAGUUCCAUAAGAAAAUAAUUGUGAAGCGUGAUGGGCGUUCUGAUAACACUGGUGGACUUCCAACUUCCAGUCAACAAAAAUCGACGCAAGCUCAAUUCCCGGCAGAUUUAGUUAAGGCCAUCUAUCAAUUAGUGGACAAGAAUGACAGCCUUCGGAAGCAUCUGGGUCCAGGCUUGCCAGACCCAGCCAAGUUGUUAUUCAAGCUGGAGCAGAACCGAGCUAGCCGGGAAAAGAUUAAUGACCGACGUCGGUCGUUGAUCAGUGGUGACGGUGACAUUCCGGAGGUGGUGUAUCGCAUGAAGGAUAACCGGAACAAUUUAAAGGUAGUACAAGCUGUGCUUCAAGCAAUCGGAGAGCUCAUUCAAAUCGACACAAAAUUGUAGCUUAAAUGUAGAUAUGGGUAAUCAUCGAUGAGAAUC